GCGCCCAGGUCCUAAUCUGGGGAAACGUGCACCGAGACCAAUUUGGUUUUCGGUGCCGCAAGAGAAGCUUCUCUAGAGCCCGGUUUAUGGAGGGGCAGCCCCAAGGGCCGCCAAAUCCAGCGGCAAUGGAGAAUGGCACCGAGCCCUGCGGAGAAGAGCGCCCACCUGAGGUUCAGGAGACGACGGUCACUGAGGGGGCCGCCAAGAUCGUCUUCCCCAGCGCAAACGAAGUUUUCUACAACCCAGUGCAGGAGUUCAACCGGGACCUGACAUGUGCUGUGAUUACCGAGUUUGCUCGCAUUCAGCUUGGGGCCAAAGGAAUCCAGAUCAAGGUGCCAGGUGAGAAGGAUGUGCAAAAGGUGGUCGUGGACUUGUCGGAGCAAGAGGAGGACAAGGCUGAACUGAAAGAGGGUGCAAACCUGGCCCCGGGAGACCAACCUCGAACAGCUGCUGUGCGGGAUAUCUGCGAGGAAGGCCUGCGAGUGCUGGAAGGCCUGGCAGCCUCCGGCCUACGUUCCAUUCGCUUUGCGCUAGAGGUGCCUGGGCUCCGAUCCGUGGUUGCCAAUGAUGCCUCUGCCCGAGCCGUGGAUCUCAUGCACCGUAAUGUGCAGCUCAACGAUGUGGCCCACCUUGUACAGCCCAGCCAGGCAGAUGCCCG